AUGGAUCGUACGGUGUUCAGAUUGCGGCAAUUACCCCUCGACUUCGACAGGUUGGACGCUUUACGGGUACUAAGCACGGCUCUGGUUCUUGAGACUUCGGCCAUUCAGAUUUUCUCUCUGGCCCGCUCCGUUGACCCAUGGCUCCCUAGCAAAGUGGCAACCUUGAUGUUCGAUGAUACCGCCGGUGUGAAGGGCGUGCUCGAAAAUGGCGAUAAUCCCAAUGUCACGAAGCGGGGUGAUGAGUGGUGCAUUACGGCUGAUAAUCUACGCGACGAUUUAGUUUUGGAUGCCCACUUUCGUGGCCUAACACCCUUAUAUGAUCCAGACGUUCACGAUGCUGAUUGCAUUGCGAUAUCAGGGCUUGCGAGCCAUCCUUUCGGCUCUUGGCAGCCGAAAGGGCGCUCGAAGUCAUUCAUGUGGAUUCGUGAUGCUUUGCCGCAGUCAUUACGGAAUGUACGGCCUAUUCUAUAUGGCUAUGAUACCACUCUCGUCGAGAGCUUGUCUUUCCAGACCAUAUUCGAUCUUGCCCUGGGAUUAAUCAAUCAACUCAAGGCUAACGGUUGGACGUUACCAACAUGCAAGCCUCUCGUUUUCCUCGCUCAUAGCUUAGGAGGAAUUGUCUUGAAGCAGGCAUUCGUAUCACUGGCGAAUAAGAUUGACCGUGAUGACCCAAUUCGCCAGGCGAUAAGAGGAGCUGUGUUUUUCGGCGUUCCUAAUCUGGGCAUGGAGCAAUCCCACCUCAUGGCAGUCGUGGAAGGCCAAGCCAACGUGCAACUUGUCGAGGACCUUUCAGUUCAGUCCGAAUACCUUCGACAGUUAGAUAAACAGUUUAGCGGUAUAUCGUACCUUCAAGAUGCCUUACUCUACUGGUGCUACGAAACAAAGAAGUCGCCAACUGUCGCCCUAGACUCGAAUGGUAAAUGGUCAAGGACAGGACCCAGCGAGAUAUUAGUGACGCCAGAUUCUGCCACACGCGGGUUAUACGGAGCAACAACGCGGUCAGAUGCUGUAUACCCGAUUAACGAAGACCAUUCAAAUAUGGUUAAGUUUUCCCAGAAUGAUCCGAACUACUCGGUAGUAGUACAGAAAUUGGUGCAGGUCCUCUUCUCCAGAGACUCAUCUCCGUCCGAUAUGAGCGAUACGGAAACUCUCGUACUCGAAUCAAGCAUAAUCCAAAAGGUAACGAGACCGGAGUUAAGAUCAGGUCGGAAACCUAGCCAUGAAGCUAUUCUGAGCUCGCUCUAUGUACCCGAAGGAGAUCGUCGAUUUGAAGAAAUCGAAGAGAAAUUUGAGGACACAUUUGACUGGAUCUACGACCAACCAGACCCCGGCUUUAGCGAAUGGCUUCAGAGCGGGGAUGGUCUCUUCUGGAUCAACGGGAAGCCCGGUUCAGGAAAAUCAACCUUGAUGAAGUUUAUAUGUGGAGACCAGCGUACCGCGGAUCUGUUAUCGGACUGGAGAGGAGAAAGCAGCUAUAUCAUCGUGUCUUUCUUUUUUCACUAUCGCGGAACCUCGGUGCAAAAGUCCUUCGAAGGCCUCCUGAGAAAUGUACUAUCCCAAAUCAUCUCGAAAAAUCCACGGCUUGUAAAGUUUCUUCAAUCCUUAUUCGACCCUCAAGAAUCUUUACACCCGAGGAUGUGGACAUUGCCCGUUCUUCAAAAGGGGUUCAAUAAUAUAAUACGACAAGACGAGAUACCGUUGCAUCUUUGCUUGUUCCUGGACGCACUUGACGAAUAUGAUGGAAGAUUGGAGUUUAUAUGCCGAUUCCUCUUGGAACUAGUCGAGAUUCCCCCUACGCACACGAAACAGAUUAAAAUCUGUUUUUCUAGCCGACCUUGGCAAAUAUUCAUGAAUGCGUUCAAAGAUUGUGCCGGGUUCCAGAUCCAAGAUUUCACGCAAGAAGAUAUCAGGGAUUACUGUCUUGGAUCUAUCAGAGAAGAAAGCCUAUCAUCUGUCAUACUCGAGGAUUUAGUCCCAGACAUCGUGGCUCGUUCGAGGGGCGUUUUCCUAUGGGUAAAGUUUGUGGUCAAAGACCUUGCCCACGCUACGAGGUCUAGUACAUUGGACAAGGAUGAUUUAGAAAAGUUACUAGAGUCUUUCCCGGUCGAGCUCAACGCUUACUAUGCCGAGAUUAUCGAACGAAUCCCGCGGGCGUAUAGAUGGAAAGCAUACGCCAUGCUCGAAGUUGCCGUUCGAUCUAAAGAUUCUUUGGAACCCGUAACAUUUCUUUGCGCCGUUUUCUGUUCAGACUGCAAGACUAUCAGAGAAGGUCGUGAUGUUUUGACAAGGGUACGCGAGAUAAACAAUAGCACUGUUGUUGAGUCGCUUGCAAUGGAAGAGUCAAGGAAGUAUUGUGGCGGACUGAUUGAAGUUGUUAAAGGAAUCAAUGGCAACUACGUCCAAGUUCUUCACCAGACCGUAGAAGACUUCGUAACUGACCCAAAAUUUAAGCAGCGAGUGCUCGGGAACCUAGCAAGAAUUACAAUCGAAAAUGGCAAUAAUUUCCUAGCCAAAUGCUACUUUCUCAUGUACGAGACUAAGGACGAUCCGUUCCUCAACCACAUCCACCUUAUGACGAUCCCGUCUACUCGGAUGCAAGUUAAGCAAGCCCUCAUCAACGGGACCUACGCACGUGCCGCUGAACAUGUCAGUGGGCGUAGUAUGAAAGUAUUCCUCGGCAGCGUUUCGCAAACAGUUUACAAGAAAAUAUACGCGGAAUCCGACUUGAAGAUAGAGACAACACUUGAAUACGCUGCCUCUACUGGGCUUCGCUUAUACUUGGUCGAAUCCCUCCACGACGAUCCUAACGUUUUGCGAAAUUCUAAGCAUCAAUUAUUGAGCUGCAUUAUUAGGUCAGCAGCCGAUCCAAAGGACGAAGAAGUAAAGCAAACGGUCAAGCUACUGUUAGAGAACGGGUUUACCCCGCAUAAGGAUCCGAUGGCAUUCGGCCUCUGUGCCAUGAAGAUGCUCCGAGGCGACGGCCAAUAUAGACCAGUCGACGAUGACCUGAAUCCGCUUCUAAGGUCUCGUCAUAUUGACCUGAUCGAGCUCCUGCUGGAUCAUGGGCAGGAGCCUUAUAUCAGCAUUCCUACCGUCUACCGCAGGCAGAACGUCAAGAGUACGCUUUUACACGUAGGACCAUUCCGAGCGGUGAAAUUACUCCUGGAUAAGGGGGCUUCUGCGAAUUUGCUGGAUUCCAUGGGAAUGACACCCCUUGAUCACUUUUGUGCAAGGAAUGCGCUGAGAGCUCCGAACUGGUUCCAGGCAUACGAACAUUAUAGGCGACAGCACUGGGAGCUGUAUAAGUUAACCUGCCUCCUCACGUCUCGCGGGGGCACGAUAAAGAACACAAGAGUAGAGUUUUGGGAAGAGCUUUUAGAUGGGUUUUCGGAGUCAGGAUUUCCUACCGAGGAUUUACGGAGGAGUAUGGACACCGCAAUUAGGCAGCUAUCGGCAUCAUCAAGACGGUCGUUUCAGCGAAGUCCCAAUCAGGACAACGAAAGCGAUAGAAAUGCACAGGGGAGACUGUCUUUACAACCCCCAUCUCAACGCCACUUUCACGGGUCCAGUAUCCAUGGGUCUAGUAUUGACGAGACGCUCGCAGAACACUCAGGUCAAAAUUUAUCCGUGCCAGUGCUCGGGGCGCAAGGGAUGCAAACCCCUGUUUCGGAAGAGCAGCCGGGACAUCAUUCGGAGCCCGCAUUCCGACAGUCGCUGAUGUCGCCAGACAUACCCGACAUACCGCCGAAGCGAUCACUCAGGCUAAAAAUCAAGAAGUUCAUCCAUCGUCUAAUACGAUAA